CGGUGAGUCGAGUAGGGCCAUGGCGCAGGCGCAGAGGCCGUACCGUAAAUAUCGACAGCUACGCAACUGCGUGGUAGCGUUGCUCAGGCGCCGUUUGCCGAUCGUCAGCUGGCUUCCAGACUACAACAGUCAUAAAUUCGUUGGGGACGCCAUCGCCGGUAUCACCGUCGGCCUCACAGUCAUGCCCCAGGGGCUUGCCUACGCCACCCUUGCCGGACUUGAGCCCCAGUACGGACUGUAUUCGGCGUUUGUCGGGGCUCUCAUCUACGUGAUCUUCGGCUCAUGCAAGGAUAUCACCAUUGGACCGACAGCCCUCAUGGCCCUCAUGACCAAUCAGUAUGUCCAGGGCCGGAGCGUCGAUUUCGCCAUUCUUCUCACGUUCCUAUCAGGCUGCAUGCAACUCCUCAUGGCUGCCCUCAGACUAGGUGUGCUGGUGGACUUCAUUUCGAUACCGGUCACGGUGGGUUUUACCUCGGCGACGUCCGUUAUAAUUGUCGCCUCCCAACUAAAGGGCCUUCUUGGCCUACGGAUCUCACCAACUGGAUUCAUGGACACCCUGAGACAAGUCGUACGCCAUAUCGACGAGACCAACCCUUGGGACGCUGGCAUGAGCUUCACCUGCAUCGUUUUGUUGUUGCUGUUAAGGAGGUUGAAGGAUGUGAGCCUGUGCAAGGCCGGAGAAAAGCCAACGCGCCGCCAAUGGAUUCUGACCAAGAUCCUUUGGCUCCUGGCUACCGCCCGUAAUGCAAUCGUCGUUGUUGUUAGCUCGAGCAUCGCUUACAAACUCAACAACUUGAGCUUCGGUUGUCCAUUCGUACUUACGGGACCAGUGAGGCCCGGGCUGCCGAACUUCGGACCUCCACCCUUCUCUACCCGGGUGAACAAUCGUACCCUGGGACUGACAGAGAUGUGCGCGGAGCUCGGACUAUCGAUCAUCCUUGUGCCGAUAAUCGGUGUGCUUGGAAACGUGGCCAUCGCCAAGGCCUUCGCCUCUGGCAACCAAGUGGAUGCAACUCAGGAGCUUAUAACCCUCGGCAUCUGCAACGUCCUGGGCUCGUGCGCCAGCUCCAUGCCGGUUACCGGUUCCUUCAGUCGCUCCGCGGUCAACCACGCGAGCGGCGUCAAGACGCCCAUGAGCGGAUUAUACACUGGCCUUCUUAUAUUACUCGCCCUCACGCUUCUCACGCCCUACUUCUACUUCAUACCCAAAGCGUCUUUGGCAGCUGUAAUAAUAUGUGCUGUUAUAUAUAUGAUCGAGUACGAAGUUGUGAAGCUCAUGUGGAAGUCGAGCAAGAAGGAUCUGAUACCCAUGUUCGCCACAUUUCUGCUGUGUCUCGUUAUAGGCGUGGAAUAUGGAAUUGUCGCCGGUGUCGGGAUAAAUUUGAUAUUUUUACUUUAUCCGUCGGCUCGACCGCAAGUCCACGUCGAAAAGUAUUUCACCGACUCUGGUGCUGAGUAUCUGAUGGUAACACCUGGGAACAGUCUCUAUUUCCCUGCGGUAGAUUUCAUUAAGCAAUCCGUCGGUAAUGCCGGUAUCACCGAAGGAUCUAGCCAAGUGCCGGUUGUUGUCGACUGCAGAUAUGUCCUUGGGGCCGACUUCACCGCCGCUAAAGGAAUCGCUGCUCUAAUAAGCGAAUUUGACAACCGUAAACAGGGCUUGUACUUCUACAAUCCCAGAUCAGAUGUCGUCGCGGUCCUUAAAGGAGCCUGCGGGGAAGACUUUCAAUACGUUUCCACCCACGAGGAACUCUCCUACCUUCUCCAUACCACAAGAGAGAAGUCGUCGCAUCAGUUGCUGGAGAUACAUCGCGAUCGAGACGAGCCGCUUAUCAGUAUCCAGGAGCUGACGCACCGAGUUGUGCACACGUCGUGCCAGGACCUGAGCGAGGUGAAAAUGACGCUCUUGCAGGCGAGCGGAAGCUGAUGGAACCCCGUAAUGCCGAGGACGUAAAGACUCCGAUAAACUAAACGAGUGAAAAUGGAGAAAAAUAGCCAUUAAGAUUAAUUCUCGUGUGCUAUGGGCAUUGUUUAUCGACACUUUUACGUAACGUAGACCUCUCACGGAUGAAUUUUAAAAUCAGUAUUUUUUUCUUUUUCUAUCGUAGUACCAAUC